GCCUGUGCGUGGACUGCGGCCUCUGGUGUCCGCACUGCACGCACUGGGCCCGGCCGGGUCCACGGAGUCCCGGGAAGGAGACGUCGCCGCCUGCCCCGGCAGCCAUGAGGCCCCCAUGGGGUCCCCUGCGCUCGCCCUCCCUGGCCUUUCUGCUCCUCUGGCUGCUGGGAGGAGGGGCAGGGGCUGAGGGCCGGGAGGACCCGGAGCUGCUGGUGACGGUUCGCGGGGGCCGGCUGCGCGGCCUCCGUCUGAAAGCCCCCGGGGGCCCGGUCUCCGCGUUCCUGGGCAUCCCCUUCGGGGAGCCACCGGUGGGCCCCCGGCGCUUUCUGCCCCCGGAGCCCAAGAGGCCCUGGGCCGGGGUGCUGGACGCCACAGCCUUCCAGAGCGUCUGCUACCAAUACGUGGACACCCUGUACCCCGGCUUUGAGGGCACUGAGAUGUGGAACCCCAACCGUGAGCUGAGCGAGGACUGUCUGUACCUCAAUGUGUGGACACCAUACCCCCGGCCCCGGUCACCCACGCCCGUCCUGGUCUGGAUCUACGGGGGCGGCUUCUACAGCGGCGCCUCCUCCCUGGACGUGUACGACGGCCGCUUCCUGGCCCAGGCCGAAGGCACAGUGCUGGUGUCCAUGAACUACCGGGUGGGAGCCUUUGGUUUCCUGGCCCUGCCGGGCAGCCGAGAGGCCCCGGGCAAUGUGGGCCUGCUGGAUCAGAGGCUGGCGCUGCAAUGGGUGCAGGAGAAUGUGGCAGCCUUUGGAGGGGACCCAGCGUCAGUGACGCUGUUUGGGGAGAGCGCGGGCGCCGCCUCGGUGGGCCUGCACCUGCUGUCCCCGCCCAGCCGGGGCCUGUUCCACCGGGCCGUGCUGCAGAGUGGCGCCCCCAACGGGCCCUGGGCCACGGUGGGCGUGGGAGAGGCCCGCCGCAGGGCCACGCUGCUGGCCCGCCUGGUAGGCUGCCCCCCAGGCGGCGCCGGUGGCAACGACACAGAGCUGGUGGCCUGCCUGCGGACACGGCCGGCUCAGGACCUGGUGGACCAUGAGUGGCACGUGCUGCCCCAAGAAAGCAUCUUCCGCUUUUCCUUCGUGCCCGUGGUGGACGGAGACUUCCUUAGUGACACCCCCGAGGCGCUCAUCAACGCCGGAGACUUCCAGGGCCUGCAGGUGCUGGUGGGUGUGGUGAAGGAUGAGGGUACCUAUUUUCUGGUUUACGGGGCCCCGGGCUUCAGCAAAGACAACGAAUCUCUCAUCAGCCGGGCCCAGUUCCUGGCUGGGGUGCGGGUCGGGGUCCCCCAGGCCAGCGACCUGGCGGCCGAGGCCGUGGUCCUGCAUUACACAGACUGGCUGCACCCUGAGGACCCGGCCCGGCUGAGGGAUGCCCUGAGCGACGUGGUGGGCGACCACAACGUCGUGUGCCCCAUGGCCCAGCUGGCUGGGCGACUGGCCGCCCAGGGCGCCCGGGUCUAUGCCUACGUCUUUGAGCACCGGGCUUCCACGCUCUCCUGGCCGCUCUGGAUGGGCGUGCCCCACGGCUACGAGAUCGAGUUUAUCUUCGGGCUGCCCUUGGAACCCUCGCUGAACUACACCGAGGAAGAGAGGAUCUUUGCCCAGAGAUUGAUGAGAUACUGGGCCAACUUUGCACGCACAGGGGACCCGAACGAGCCCCGAGACGCCAAGGCCCCGCAGUGGCCGCCCUACACGGCGGGGGCUCAGCAGUACGUGAGCCUGAACCUGCGGCCGCUGGAGGUGCGGAGGGGGCUGCGCGCCCAGGCCUGCGCUUUCUGGAACCGCUUCCUGCCCAAACUGCUCAGCGCCACCGACACGCUGGACGAGGCGGAGCGCCAGUGGAAGGCGGAGUUCCACCGCUGGAGCUCCUACAUGGUGCACUGGAAGAACCAGUUCGACCAUUACAGCAAGCAGGACCGCUGCUCGGACCUGUGACGGCGGGGCCCGCCCGCGCGCCGCCGGCCCCGGCUGUACAUACUAUUUAUACCAGGGCUGGGCUAGAACAGACGCGCCCCAGACCCUGCGCCCCCCGUCCCCUGCAUGCGUCGGGCCGAGCCCCCCACCCCCGCGGUGCCUUCGCCCCUGUCGGGCUGCCAAUAAACCGUUA